AUGGCGUCGGAUGAUUCUGUCGACAAGCGAGAAUGGAAUCUUGAGCGCGAAACAGAAUACAGGUUCGAGUUAGACCCCGAUUCAUCGCUGGCAAUCAAGGCAGGUCUGCCCAACGGAGUCGUCAAAGGGCAUGCCGAAGUUUUCGGGGCGGAGCUGGCAGCUAACAGACCCUAUAUUUUCGGUCAGGAAUGCAAAGCGGCUAUCUAUACUUGGGAGGGUUGCACCAUAGAGAUGAGUGGCCAUCCGUCUACCGAAUAUGUCUCUGAAGAGACCCCCAUGGUUCCAUACGGCAACGUGCAUUAUUCGUUCGAGAAAAUGCGUGUUCUGGCCUUGAGUCAACUUCGUGGCUCUCCUGUCCCGGCAUCUGAGCGUGAUAAGCCCGCUGAGCCACCGCGGGUACUCGUCGUUGGCCCCGAAAAUUCGGGUAAAACAACGCUGUGUAAAAUUCUCACAAAUUACGCAGUUCGUAUGGGUCAAGGCUGGUCCCCACUUCUCGUCAACUUGGAUCCCGCAGAGGGUGGCUGGGCUGCCCCGGGUGCGAUUGGCGUCACGCCUGUUCACACCCCACUGCCAACAAGCACCCCAGCAAGUCCUUUAGGCACAGCAGCAACCUCGGCUCCGACUGCACUAUCUUCAAAUGCCCUCUUACCACUCGCAUACUGGUAUGGUCACGCAGAAACUAAACGAAAUCCUCUCUUGAUGGAACGCAUUAUCCGCAACAUCGGAGAAAACAUCAAGGACAAAUAUCAAGCCCACCCUGAAGGCAAGGACAAAAAAUCGCCCGCUUUUCAGGCAGCAGGUUUCAUUGUCGACACCCCCUCGAGCUUUGCAACUGGAUCGGGCAGCAACGAAGAACGGCAACGGUUAAUCAAGGCAACAAUCGACGCAUUCAAAAUCAAUACCAUUCUUGUCGUCGGACACGAAAAACUCAACGUCGAGCUACAGCGCGCCUAUGGUUCCCAAAUCACCGUCGUGAAAGUCCCAAAAUCCGGUGGUGUUGUCGAGUUAGACUAUCUAUACCGCGAGCGGGUGCACAAAUCCCAGCUACACGCGUACUUCUAUGGACAGGUUAUUCCCCCACCUGCAGGCAUCACCUCCGCCUCGUUCGGUAGCGAGACACUCGUGCUGUCCCCGUCGUCUUCGAUCCUCAACUUUGACGACCUAUCAAUUUACCGUAUCGGCGCAGAAAGCAUGGCACCCUCGUCUGCGCUGCCCAUUGGAGCGGCACGUGUUGUCUCAGAAACCCAGGCAGUCCCCGUUGACCCUUCGUCGCCUGGCUCUGGUCUCCUCAAUGCCGUUCUGGCCAUUCUCGCAACACCGUCCACAGCGGACGAUGCGGAGCGGUACGACGAAGAAAUACUCGAUCUAUCGGUUUCCGGAUUCGUUGUCGUAACCAACAUCGAUAUGCCAAACCGGAAAAUGACGAUUUUGUCGCCAAAUCAAGGCUCUAUAGUUGGACGAACAGCGGUUAUUGGUUCAUAUGAGUGGCAGGAGUGA